UCACAGUUGUUCUUGGGUCUCUGCUGUAAGCAAUCUACAGAGUGAGGCAGAAAGUCCAGGAUUCUGCAGUGCAGGUUGGGAGUUGUUUGGUAGGACAAGUCAAUACCCAUAGUUGCUGAAGUCACUGAAUGGUGAUGUCAGAUUAACUCUGAGCAAGGUACCAACAAGAGCAAAGGGGCAGUUAUACCACAGGGUCUCCAUCCUGCUCAGCUAUAAACAGAAGAGAUGGAGAUAAGGUGCAAGGUCCUGGUGUGUCACAUUCUCCUCCUGCAUAGUACCACUGUUUAUCUAUAUUCAGUACCUGCCAGCCAACAAAACCCAGAGAGUGUUGUGGUGUCAGUGACUAAUAUCAGUUCUCAAGUUGGAGAUCAAGGUUUACUGACAUGUGAGAGUUACCGAAUGGUGUGGACACAGGACAACCUCAUGGACAGGCAGCGUGUGGUUCACUGGGACCUGUAUAGCAGUCAAGGGGAUUACCGUGGAGAGAGACUAUUUGAUAUGUUUUCUGCGGGGGAACAGCGCAUCUACAAAGACUACAACCAGAGGAGAAUAUCAGUCCCACAGUCAGCUUUCCAAGAUGGCAAUUUCUCACUGGUCAUCAAGGAUGUUUCAAUGAUUGAUCAAGGGCUGUAUUCCUGCAAUCUCCAUCAUCACUACUGCCACCUGGAUGAAACUGUUCGAGUUCAACUAAACAUUACCAAAUCAGAACGGAAAGUGAAGAUGUACUGGGAUGGUGAGAAGGUUGUCAUUGUGGCUUUACUUCAUUCCACGGUGCUUCUUCCCUGUGAGAACCGUGAUCACAUGUGGACUGACAGGCACCGUGAAGAAGACCAACAAGUAGUCCACUGGGAUCGUCAAGCUCCGGGGAUCCCUCAUGACCGAGCUGACCGUCUCAUUGACAUGUACGCAUCAGGGGAGAGAAGAGCUUAUGGGUCCCUCUUCAUCAGGAGAAAGAUGAAUGUGUCCAAUUCAGCCUUUACACAUGGAGAUUUUUCACUAUUUAUACCAUAUUUAACACGUGGCGAUGAGGGCACCUACUCAUGUCAUCUUCACCACCAUUACUGUGGUCUCCAUGAACGUAGGAUCUUCUAUCUCUCGGUGUCUGAACGCCCCAAGACAGAAGAAACAAGCAAAACAAAUUCUGACUCUGCUCCAGCUAUAGAUUCCAAAGUGGUCCGGGAAAACAAAGUCAUCAAUGUUACCAUCCAAGAAAGCAGGCUCCACUUCUUCCAACAGCUUGGAUACAUUCUGGCAACCCUUUUGCUGUUUAUUCUGCUCCUUACAGCUGUGAUCCUCAUCACUCGCAAGCAUCAGAAAAGAGGGUAUGCAUAUAACUUGAACAAACCUCAAGGGGAGGAGGUUAACACAAAGGAAAUCUGUCUCGGGCCUCCUGACCUCAUACAAUACAAAAAGGAGGAGCUCCGAAUAGAUUAUAAAAAUAACAUUCUAAAGGAACGCGCAGAGAUGGACAGAGUGUUUGCACCAAAGAACAUUGACUUAGACCUGGAGCUUCGGAAAGAAUAUUGUAAAUAAAGAAAACAAGAACUUCGCUGCUGGCUGGCCCAGGAGCUUACACUUCAUUUAAGAAGAAGAAAUGAGGAUUCCCCAUUAUUUCCACUUAAGCUGUUGGUUGCUUUCCUGCAUUAGCUGUUUUCUUGUUGCAGAGCAUGUAGAUAUGGUGAUUAUUUUGGCCCGAGACCAGUGGCAGCAACUAUUUCAAGGACAUUUUUAGUGAGUUUCUUCUAUAAAGCACAGGAUUUAAGAAUAUAAUUCACCUUCUGGUUACCUAGUUACCAUAGAAGUUUUGUAAUGAUGGCUUAAUUACUGCUUUUCUAUAAUUGUAUAUAAACAGCAGGCAACAUUGUAUGUGACAUUCCUUACUAUCAGGAUAAAAAGAAAAAAGUUUUAUUUUCUAUUUACAAGUUUUAAUCAAGUGAAGUGAAACUAUCAUAAAACAAAAAUCUAAUUUCAUGCAGGUGUUCUAAACCUAGGGUGAGUGGCCCCAAAGACAGUCUUCAUGUUGUUUAGGAUGUGCCACAAUGAUCCCUAUAAGGCUAAUGUUACACAGGGCUGAAACUCGGCCUGCUGAAAAAUGCGGAACGAGAAUCAGCCCCUACGUUGGAAGCAGUCCCUUAUCUUGCCUGCAACUGAAUCCAUUGCAUGAGCCCGGGUGCAGGCGCAUGCGUUGGAUUUCGAAACACAAGUGUUUGCAUUUCGGUGCCAAAAUCCACCAUGUGUGUCUGUACCUGGCCCGAUGCAAUCAAUCUGGGUGCAAGGGGCUGCGUUUUUUAGCAGACCGAGUUUCAGCCCAGUGUGACAGUAGCCUAAGCUAUUUCAAAGUUGUUGUUGGAGGUGGAAAUUUCACUGUUUAAGGGCAACGGCACACAGGAAGAUUUGAGGUGUUUUGGUGCUUUGGAAACAUGGCAGUCUGCAUUUUAAAUUGCCUCUCGAGUACUUGCCCAACUGCUUUCAGGUGAUUGUCCUAGGCAUCAAGAAGCAAGUCAGGCAUUUUCUUUCCACCUCCUGAGCUACUGGGCAAUAAAGCAUCUUAAAUCAACCUGUAUGCCAUUGCUGUUACGCAGUCAAUAUCACAGCUUAUUCAAAAUAAUAAAUUAAAUGUAUGGACAAUAAAGGUACAGUAUCUAUUAUCUGUAAUACUUGGUUCCUGGGGUUUUCCAAAUAAAGGAUCUUUCUGUUA